GUUUUACCAUUUUAGUCGCCAGGACAUUCUUCAUCAAAUGUGGGUAAAGGAAAAAGUUAUCAAGGUAACAUCAGAGUUAGCUAUGGCUAUAGCCUUGUAAAAGGAAAGGCUAAUCAUCCUAUGGAGGAUUUUCAUGUUGCCAAAUUCGUCCAUGUUAAAGGGCAGGAGCUUGGCCUAUUUGCUGUUUUUGAUGGCCAUUUGGGAGAUAGUGUGGCUGCAUACUUACAGAAGCAUUUGUUUGCUAAUAUUCUAAAAGAGGAAGAAUUCUGGACCCAUCCUGAUAGAGCCAUUUCAAAAGCAUAUGACAAGACUGACAAGGCAAUUCUUUCUCACAGUCCUGAUCUUGGACGAGGUGGAUCUACUGCGGUUACUGCCAUUCUCAUAAAUGGCACAAAGCUGUGGAUAGCUAAUGUCGGUGAUUCACGAGGAGUUGUAGCAAAAGGUGGGAAAGCAAUACAACUGACUGUUGAUCAUGAGCCAAGCAUAGAACGGGGUAGUAUAGAGACAAGAGGUGGCUUUGUUUCGAAUAUGCCAGGUUUUAUCCGUAUCCCUAAACUAGUUCUCAUUAUAUGUUUGUUUGGAUAUUGUCUGUAGACUCUACACACACGCGUACAGGCAUACAUAUGUGAAAUGAAGACAUAGAAGAUGAAAUUGUUUUGCAGUAUUUUUUCCCCUCCUUUUGACAUAUAUUAUUACCCAAAAUAUUCACGGCAAUCCUAGCAUCACCACAUACAUAUUUGUUCAUACUAAUUUUCCAGUGCUCAUCCAUAUAUAGUGUUUUUAAUCGUAGCUCUUCAGAUAGUUUAAAUUGUGCAAAAGGAACAUUCUCCUAAAUAUAACCAAAAGUAGCCAAAAGCAGUUAUUCGUUUGCAUGGAGUACCAAAGAUCCUGCUCAAAAUUUCUUUAUU